AUGCAUUUACAAUCAACAUCAGAGAGUAGGCCUGUGGGAUUGGGUAAAACGGCUUUGACGUUAGCACUCUGCAAGAAAUUGAGAGAUAGAUAUAACCUGGGGGUCCUAACCAACAAUAUCUUCAUCCCCAAAGAUCAAGACUUCCUUCAGACCCAUAACGCUCUUCCAAACCCCUCCCAAAUUGUUGUGAUUGAGACCAGUGGUUGUCCUCAUGCAGCGAUCAGGGAGGACGUCUCUGCAAACUUGGCAGCUCUUGAGAAGUUACAGACCGAGUACAAAUGUGAAUUAUUGCUUGUUGAGAGCGGGGGUGAUAACUUAGCAGCCAACUACUCCAGGGAGCUUGCCAAUUAUAUCAUUUAA